AUGAAAGGAACAAAGUUACCAGAUGAGGUGCUGCUUGAAAUUGUUAAAAGAGUUCGUUCAGUUGAUACUUAUGAGUCGCUUUAUCAAGUACCAGAGCUUCGUUGGUGUGUUAUCAAUUCAAUCUUAAUUAUACGUGAUGUGAAUGUUAAUUACAGUCGUCUUGAUGAAGAGCUGAGUGAGCUAUCUGAAGUUACUAGAUUUCAAAUAAAUAAUCCAUUUCCAUUGGGAGAGAUUUUACAAGGAAGUAAUUUAGACAAGUAUAUUGUAUUAGUUGGUGGUAGAUGUUCUUUGAAAGAGAUAAACUUGGAAUUAUGUUUGCUUUUAUCAGAAGUUUAUAAAGUAGCCCAUGGUCUUAUGAUAGAAACCCGUGACUAUUGUCAGUUAAACAUAGACACCGUUGCUUUUGGGAAUUCAAUACCUUUAUACUUACAUGAAGUGACAUUCCGUGGAAUGGUGUCUUUAAAUAUUGAAGGUAGUGAAAUAAAUUUUAAUGAGGAUCAUCAUGUCAGGAAAGUGAAUACUGAAACUAGAAAUAUGGGUGCUAUUUUGAGAUCAAAAGAGCUUCACAAUUUAAACAUUGAUUCUGGCUUUGCUUAUAGAGUUUUAGGAGCAGGUUUGGAUUUCCAUAAUUUGAAAACGCUAACAUUCAAAUGUACUAGGAAUAGCUUUUAUUUGAACAGUUUUCAAAUUCCCCCGGGGCUGGUGUAUCUUUCUAUUGAUACAAGGCCAGAAUAUUUAACACACAUAGAUAAAUCAAGAUCAGAAAACGUCCCGGUACUCGAAUUCGAGUCUUUAGAUCUAAGCAAACUGGAAACUUUCAUUGUCAAUACCUCCUUGAAAGAAAAAUUGUCAUUCAAGGAUUGUAAACUUCCCGAAUUAGGUGAAAGAUUACAAGAUAAAGUUCAAAGUUUGAUAAAUUGUACAUUUGCUGAUGUGAAAAAGUUCAAACUCAACACUUAUAAGGACAUACUAAUUGAAAAUUUGGUACUUCCACAAGCUGAAAAGAUUUCAAUCAAAUCAAAAGUUCAGAACUUCCAGUUGAAAGAUUCAGUAAAGAACAUUUUAGUGUCACCAAAUUUGAAAUCAGUUACAUUUUCUAAUGCUAGUAGCCUUUGUGGUAUGAAGCUAAUCGAAGGAUCAAGAAAAUUUGUACCUCCAAAUAUUAAGCUCAAAGCCAAUUUGGAUGAUAAGAAAUGGAGCUUGGUCCAUAAUAUUAGAGCCUUACUGAGUUUAACUAGGGGUGCGGAACCAAAUGUCUCAAUAAAGUUGGAAGAGAAACAAGGUGGUGGUUACAUUGAUAGAGAGCUUGAACUUAUGGUUUCUGAUAUUGAGAUUGGUAGACAGUCACCAAAGUCGUAUAGAAAAACUGGUGUUAAUGGGACUUCCAAGAUUUGUGAAGUUAAAUUUCAAAGAAUUAAAUCAGAGCCAAAGAGAGAAAGACAUCUUGAAGACAGGCCAAAAGAGAAUCUAUCAAAGUUAAUGGAUAAAAGACAAAGGAAGGAUCACUUUUCAAGAAUUAAGAACGGAGGAAAGACCGACAAGAAAAGAUUUGAAAAAGAAGGUGGUAAUAGAUCCUCAAAAGUGGAUAAGAAAGCCAAAAAGAACUUUAGAGACAGCACAUCUAAAGAGAAUGAUAAGAAAGACAAGGUAAUCUUGAGGGACAUCUCAUCUAGAGAGAAUAUCAAGAAUGAAAAGGUAAACUUGAAACACAACUCAUCUAAAGAAAAUAUCAAGAAAGACAAUAAAGACAAUAAAGCUGACAAUAAAGACAAUAAAGACAAUAAAGACAAUAGAGACAAUAAAGGCUAUAAAGACAAAAAACCUAAGGCAAAUAGACCACAUAACAAGACUAGAGCAGAACAGAAAGUAAAAGCUGAUGAUGAAGGACCUGUCAAGGUGAAUAUCAAGAAAAUGUCUGAGUCUCAGGAUGGGGAGCAGAAACCAACCGAAAGACAUAAGAGAAGAGAUAACAAAGACAGAAGAAACUCUAAAGAGUCUCCGGUAGUUUUGGAAGUCCUAGCACCAACAAAAGUCUGGCCAAAUGGUAAAACCCAACAUCGAGAGAAGUUUCGAUUUGAAGACGUACUCUCUAAAAUGCCCGGAAUUAAAAGUAUAGCAGAGUUCAAUGAAGUAUACGCUCUUGGUGUAUUUCGUCUUCCUGACAUUUUGAAUACUGAUAAGUUUUUUAUUAUAAGUGCUGUUGCAUUUGCUGGUGGUAUAGGUAUGGCUAUAGAAACGGCAAAGAAGCUAUCAGAGAAAAGCAUUUAUCAUUCUGUAAUCAUUAACAGAGAAGAAACUUUGACAAUUACAGUCCCUGGCGUUUCUGAUAUCCUUGCUGAAAGUUUUGAUUAUUCAUCCCCCAUAAUGAAGCAAUUAAUGUCCAUAUAUUGGAAAGACACAAAGCUAUGGGGAACUAAAAAACUAUUAAUACAGCUUAUGUUUGCAUCAACGAAUGACCAGAGAGGUGGUAUUGAAUGGCGGUCAAAUGAAUCAAAUUUUUUUGAUUUAGCUAGCCUAACACAAUUCCGACUAAUUGUCCAAAGCGUAACCAUAGAGCCAUGUGUAUUGAAUAAGUUACACUUAACCAAGUUAAAAUUUCUCAAAUUAGUACCAGUUGAUAAAACAGUAAAGUUCAGACUAGUUGAUUGUUAUUUUCCAAAACUUGAAACACUGGAACUAAUGAAGGAUAUGGGUUGCCCAAUUGAGUUUAUAGAGAAUUAUUACUUUGGGAAGCUAGAAAGCUUCAAGCUUCAUUCAAACCGUUUUUUGUCAGUUGAUGGACUAAAAUUACCAAAAGCCAAGUCAAUCUCAUUCACUGGUUGGUUUAACCACGGAAGGUAUAUGAUAAAGUUUAGAAAUAUACAAGUUACAAAGAAGUUAGAAGAUUUAACACUUACAGAAGCACAUCAUUUACGUGCUUUCAGGAAAAUUGAAAACAAUGGAAGAACCCAAUACACACCAUCAAAGAUUACAAUCAAAGUUAAUUUAAGCACACAAACCUCAUGGAAUAUCUUGAAACAUUACAAAACCAUACGGAAUAAUAACAUGAACCCUUCAAAAGUUAGUGUCUUUUUUGAGUUAAUUGAGAAAAAAAGUAUUAAAAAAACACAAAGGCAGUUAUUCAUACUUCAGCACGCCUAUCCAGAGUUGAAAAAUGCAGUGGAACAUGCACAAAGACUUGAGGUUAUCAGAGUCAAAGUGGUUUGA